AUGAUGCGGGUCGCGGCACAAAAACGGAAUGGCCGAACCAAGAAGAAACGAUCUUCUGUGGUUAGCAUGCAGUCGCUUUCAGUCGUCGACAUUACCAAUGAAAACGGGCACACUGAAAACGCCGUAUCACCGCCUAGGUCUAAGAUUCCGUCUAAGAAAGGGUACGUAGCUCUCAUAUUCGAUUUCAUUCUUUGGUAUUCGAUAUUUUACCAUUAUCCAAAAUCCAAUAAGUCAAUCUUCAAGCCUGUUGAGAGGCGGACAAGCUUUUUUUGCGGGACUCAGAAAAAUCUUUCUCUCUAAUCUAUUUUUUUAACUGAUUUUUUUAUUUGGAAUGAUAAUUGAAACGCCAUCAUUUCAGUUUCAUUAUUCCUUUGAGUCUGUUCGAAAUUAAUUAUGGUGUGGCGUAGUAAAUUUAUUUGUGAUACUUAAAAAAAAACCCUAGCGAGAGUUUUGAUAUUACUAAUACACUAUUAAACAUUUUAUUCAACCAAAAAUUCGAGAUUAAUGAAGUUCUCAAACAGUUAAUUUCCAGAAGAAGUUGCUUUUAAAUUUAAGGCUUCGGUUUUUAGAAGACAAGCCGUCAAAGAUGUCUCAAACCACAAAAUCACGGAGUUUUUCCCUGUUCGUCGGAGUAGUCGAAAAACGAGUAAACAGAUUGAGGUAAAUUUUUCAACCUUUAGCCAAAAAAAUGGAUUUCAGGAGGAAGAGCGGGAUGCUCUACGAGACGCCGUUUUGACCGGCGGAAACGAAAAGUUCCUCGAUGUAUAUAAGGAUCCUCUGAAGGGCCGUGGAAUACGCGCCGGGCGAAAUUUCGAAAAAGGAGACUUUGUCGUAGAAUACAAAGGUUUGUUUCAGCUAAGUUUCUCGUUAGAAUCUUCAUUGUUUCAGGGGAAAUGCUGGAGUAUUCGGCAGCAAAGACGCUGGAAGAAAAGUACGCGAACGACUCUUCGAUCGGCUCCUACAUGUAUUUUUUCACCUACAACAACAAGAAAUGGUGCAUCGAUGCGACCAAAGAAUCUCCUUACAAGGGACGACUUAUCAAUCACUCUAUGCUGCGGCCAAAUCUUCGCACCAAGGUUUGUAUUGAGAUUGAUUGAUCCUGAGGGAAAUAGCUUGCUUUUCAGGUUGUGGAAUUCGACGGGAAACACCAUCUGAUACUGGUAGCCAAGAGAAACAUUGAGAUCGACGAGGAACUUCUGUACGAUUACGGGGACCGAACUGCGGCGACGAUAGCGAAGAAUCCUUGGCUCAUAAACACGUAA